GCCCUGCCCAGCCCUUCCCGGCCCUGCCCAGCCCAGCGGCGGCGCUGCCGGGCGGCGCAGAGCCUGCGCACUGCGCUCCGGCUGCCCCCUCCUGCCCGGCCGGCAGAGCCGCGCGUCCCGGCGCUGAAGAUGGCGGAGGGCGGCGGCGGCGGCGGUGGAGCGGCGCCCCCCUCCUGCUCUUCCUCCUCCUCCUCCUCCUCCUUGAAGGGGCUGCGGGAGCAGAUGGUUGCUGCAGCCCAAGCCAUAGCAGAAGAAAGAAGAAGCCAAAGUGGUGUUAGCCCUAUUGCAGUCCAGACCUCAAUAAACAUAAAGGCAGCGACUAAACCAGUGAUAGACGGUUCCACUCUAAGAACAGAAGAAAGGCAAAGACUAGCCAGGGAGCGUAGAGAAGAGCGGGAAAAGCAACAUGCUGCCAAAGAGACACAAAUCCUUGAAAAGGAGAGAAAAGCAAAACUUCAGUAUGAAAAACAGUUAGAAGAAAGGCAGAGAAAGCUAAAAGAACAAAAGCAGAAAGAGGAACAACGGAGGGCAGCAGUAGAGGAAAAAAGAAAACAGAAGAUAGAAGAGGAAAAGGAGCGAUAUGAAGCAGCUAUGCAUCGUACCUUGGAACGGAGUCAGCGACUGGAAACACGACAAAAGAGAUGGUCCUGGGGAGGGUCUGUAACACCAGAUUCGGAGAGCAAAACAGAGCAACAGACCACAGAUGAAGUUGGAACUGGUGCCAGCAAGCGGUCCACCUCCACUGCAAACCUCAAACAAACGGAAGCUGUCAUGAAUAAACGUUUAUCAUCAUCUGCAGCACUUUUAAAUGCUUCUGAUCGAAGUACCACAAAGCGAAGUGCCUCAUUAAACAGGCUGAAUAACAAAGUUCCUCUACAUUCUCAGCAGUCAGCACUCAAAGGUUCACAGGUGGAACAGAAAGGAGGAACAGAAAAGAAGAGGAGCACAUCUUUGAAUAGAAUGAGUAGUAAACCCCAUUCCUCUCCUGAACUAGAAAAAGUGAAAAAGGAAGAAAAAACAGCUCGCCGCUCCCAGGUCAGUCCUCUGGACAGUAGCGUUAUCAGUCGCCUCCUCGCCCCUACACAGGCAUCCUUAGCUAGGAGUAAAAGUGCUGCUACAUUAUCGGCUGAUGGACAGGAUCCCUCAGAAUCUCACCUCUGUCCUCGUUCAGCUUCAGCCAGUUCCAUCAGUUCCCCAGUCCCAACUCCUAAAGUGCCCGUGCGCAGUCGUAGCAUCGACAGAUUGAAGCCCUCUGUACCUUCAUCUGAUGCAAGUUCACCAGAUUCAACCCAGAAAUCAGAGAUGGAAAAACCAUCCCCAGGUUCUGGGUUAAGACGCCCUCCCUCACCAUCUGUGUCUGCCCGUAGAAGAUCCCCUUCUCCUGCUAAUUUGGUGAAGCGUCCUCCAUCACCUUCUACAGUUAGACAAAAGACUCGCCCACCUUCACCUAGUAUAUCAAAACAAAGGCCACCAUCUCCUACUCCAGUCUCUAAACCAGCACCCAUCCAACGUCCGCCUCUCACACCAGGUGUUAUAAACAUUACCAAAAAGAAAAGUGAAGCAGAGAGCAAACCAAAGGAAAAGAGCACAGAAGGAAUGGGACAAGAGCAAGGUGCUUCACCAGCCUUGGACAGGGAUGCAGUAGCAGCUAGCACAAAGACCAAAGAAGAAUCAGGUAGCAAAACAGUAGCAGGGACCACCACAGCUGAAGAAGCUGCUAAAAUCUUGGCAGAGAAACGACGUCUGGCACGAGAGCAAAGAGAGCGUGAAGACCAAGAAAGAAUUCAGAGAGAGGAAGAGGAAAGAAUCAGAGAAGAAGAAAUGGCCAAGAGAGCAGUUGAAGAAAAAGCACGACGGGAAGAGGAGCUCCGCAAACAGGAGGAAGAGAAGAGAGCGGCUUAUGAAGAACAGCAAAGACAAGCUGAAGAGGAAAGAAUCCGUCGAGAACAAGAAGAGCAGGAAAAACUUGCAGAGCUUCAACACCAGAGAGAAGAAGCUGAAGCAAAAGCUCAAGAAGAGGCUGAAAGACAGCGGCUGGAAAGAGAGAGAAUUAUGCAGCAAAAUAUGCAGGAAAGGCUUGAAAGAAAAAAGAGAAUUGAAGAAAUAAUGAAAAGAACACGAAAAUCGGAUCAAAACGAAUCCAAGUUGCAGAGUGAAGGGAAGUCUGCCGCCGAGGUUAUCGAGGGAGAGGAUAUUGAAGAGGAGGAAGAGUUGGGACUUGAGAAGACCAGUCAAUCAGGAAAGCUAAAUGGCGUUGACUUACCCCAGGAAGUCAAGGGGGAGACAGAGGUUUGUUUACAGACUGCACAUAGCUUGAUCUCUACAGAAUUUGAGCAACAAGACGUGUCAGAGUUGAAGGCCAGUGAAGUAUUUAUGAAUGGCAGCGAUUUGAAAAGCGAUGACGGGUCUCUACUUUUUACUGAAUUAAAGGAUUCCAGCCAUCCUGCAAAAGAAAUGGUUAUUGAUGACUCAGUGAAGUUGGGUGUUAAUGAAGCUGAUCAUACAAGUGGACUUACUCAGAAUCUUAAUGGAAAAUCUGAUUCAUGGACUUUUGAGGAGUUUAUUGACGUUGGAGUACAUUCCAGGUCAACAAAACUGAGUUCAGACAGCCUCUCUGCUGGUAACUGUAAUCAAAACUUGAAUGAUGCUGCUACAAUACCUUCUAGUCCCAAAUUGGCUUAUGAGGAAGAUGGUGCAGUGAAUUCUUUGACCAAACCUAUAGAUUCUUCAUCAGAACUGUGAACACUAGAGACCUGGAAAUAAUCUGAUUGCACUGCAGUAAUCCAGUGUUUUAUCAAGUACCGAAGGCCUUGCUUUGAAAAGCUGCUUGUUUACCUUUAUCCAUCUUCAAGUUUGAAAAAAAAAAAAAAAAAAAACAUCAGGGGAGGGAUGACAAACUUCUAGAUUUGCACCUUGAAACAUUUCAGGGAGACUAUUAUGCUGAUGUUCCUUUUCCAUUUGUUUAGUUAAUUGUUGGAUAGAAUUUCCUUGUCUAAAUAUCACUUACUUCCCUCUUACAGACUUUACGCUAACCUGUUUAAGUCUUUUUUGUUUUCAUACCAGUAAUGUACAGCAAUGUGCCACUGCAGACUUCCCAGUUUGCUACUGGUCAGAUUUUAGAUAUUCCUAAAAUGGCAGUUGAUGAAAUAAGACUUUUUCAGUGUGUGUUAAAGCUCAAGUCCACUUGUAAUGUUCUAAAAAAAAGCUGUACGCUUUCAUUCACAUGCUAUUUAAAAAAUGAAAAAUUGAGUAUCUUCAGUUUUGAAUUGAGAAGGAAAAAUUCGUAUUUUCCAGCAUCAAAUUCCAAAAUAUUUCAAAAAUGUUGAAAUUUCAAAAGUUUCAAAAUGCAGUGUUGUGUAAUCACUAAUAUGUUUUAAUCUAUUGGAAAACAUCAAAACAUUUUACAGGAUAGGCACUAAUAUUACAAAAAAUGUUGAAUACCUAGAUUUGUUUGUCAUGGCGCAGUUUAACAUGUCAUGCUUUUAAAAAUGUUUUCCUUUUGAUUUAUUUAUCUACACUCAUGUAAGUAUUAUUUUAUUGUGUACAUAACAGUAUUAGACCAUUGAAGUCAUGUUUUGUUAAUGUUAAUUAUUCUAAGUGUUCCUGUUCUAGCUUUAUAACAUUGACUGCAAGCUGCAUAUAUAUAUUUCCCUUCCCCUAAAGCCUGUAUUAAGUAAUCUAUUUAACCUAAACUUGCCUGCUUUUUACAGCAUGAAGAGAUUAACUAAGCAUCUUCUGAAAACUGCUACUAAAAGUAAUAAUGCAGUCUUGUUCUUAUGUCUCCUGUAAUAGAUAUACUAAAUAAGUAAGUGAUUAAUUUGAAGAAUAGCUGUCUCAAAUCCUGCUAUAAACCAUUGGCUGAUAGUUCAGUUUAAAUGAAUCAUCCAAAUGGCAGCUGUAUUUUCAGUGGUUAAAUGCAAAUGUUUUUGCUGGAACUGCAUUCUUUCCUCAACAUCUGCAAUUACAAUAGGAAACCCUCAGCCUUCUUAGUCUCACUAUUUGCUAUUCAGAAUAUGUUAGAACUGUUUUAGACUUUAGAGCAGUGCCUUAGGUAAAAAGAAAAAUGUAUUUUUGUAUGAUAGUUAUUUCAGGCAGAGACAAUCACUCUAACAAAGAUGCUGAUAUUUUUUCUGUGCUGAUAUUAUUUGUCGGAUGGUCUGUUACAGCUCUAUGUAAAUAUGUGCGCACUGUUAAAUAAACUUUGCAGUUGAACAAUG